AGUCUAGUUGGUUGUACUUGGAGCCAAUAUUCAGUUCUGAAGACAUUAUGCAGCAAAUGCCUGAAGAAGGCCGGUUGUUUCAGCAAGUUGAUAAGCACUGGAAGGAAGUCAUGAAACAUACUGUAAAAGACCCAAAGGCUCUUAAGGCCGCAUCUUUGCCUGGUCUUCACCAGAAGCUUGUUGACUGCAACGACUUGCUGGAAAAAAUUAUGAAGGGCUUGAAUCAGUAUUUAGAAAAGAAGCGUCUCUUUUUUCCACGCUUUUUCUUUCUAUCGAAUGAUGAGAUGCUGGAAAUAUUGUCAGAGACUAAGGAUCCAACUCGAGUUCAGCCUCACUUGAAGAAAUGUUUUGAAGGUAUUGGUAAAUUGGGCUUUACAGAUAACUUGGACAUUAUAGCCAUGUUCAGCAGUGAAGGGGAAAAGGUUUCUUUUAGUCAGUCCAUUUCUACUUCUGCUGCUCGUGGGGCUGUUGAAAAAUGGCUGUUGGAAGUGCAGGAUGUUAUGCUGAAAUCUGUUCAUGAUGUGAUGGAGAAGUCUGCUGAAGCAUACGCAGUAGAGCCACGCAUUGACUGGGUUCGUGAAUGGCCAGGGCAAUUUGUAUUAAACGUGUCACAAAUUUUUUGGACUCGUGAAGUUCAUGAAGCUAUUGCUAGUGGACCACAAGGGCUGAAGGAAUACCAUGAAAAACUAACUCGUCAGUUGGAUGAUAUAGUGGAAUUAGUACGAGGCAAAUUGUCCAAACAGAAUCGCAUUACACUUGGAGCUCUAGUCACUAUUGAUGUGCAUGCUAGAGAUGUAGUUGCAGAAAUGGCAGACAAAGGUGUCAGUAGAGACAAUGACUUUCAGUGGUUAUGUCAACUACGCUACUACUGGGAAGAUAAUAAUUGUCUAGUGAGAAUUACAAAUGCUGAAGUCAAGUAUGGAUAUGAAUAUCUGGGAAAUACAGGAAGGCUGGUUAUAACACCUCUUACUGAUCGAUGUUAUCGUACACUGGUUGGUGCCUUUCAUCUCAAUUUGAAUGGAGCUCCUGAAGGCCCAGCCGGCACUGGCAAGACAGAGACAGUCAAGGACUUGGCUAAAGCUCUGGCUAUUCAAUGUGUUGUUUUUAACUGCUCUGAUGGUCUUGACUACCUAGCUAUGGGCAAGUUUUUUAAAGGCCUGGCAUCAGCAGGUGCUUGGGCUUGCUUUGAUGAAUUUAACCGGAUUGAACUGGAGGUGCUAAGUGUGAUUGCCCAGCAGAUCUUGUGCAUUCAAAGAGCUGUAGAAGGACACAUGAAGCGUUUUGUAUUUGAAGGAACUGAAAUAGACUUGAAUCCUCAAUGUUAUGUCUGCAUCACUAUGAAUCCUGGCUAUGCUGGACGCAGUGAGCUACCAGACAAUCUGAAGGUCCUUUUCAGGACUGUGGCAAUGAUGGUUCCUGAUUAUGCAAUGAUUGGAGAGAUCAUGCUCUACUCUUGUGGUUUUGUUGAUGCUCGUAACUUGUCUGUCAAGAUUGUAACAACUUAUCGUCUUUGUUCUGAGCAGUUAUCAUCACAAUUUCACUAUGACUAUGGAAUGCGUGCAGUGAAAGCUGUUUUAGCUGCAGCAGGAAAUCUUAAGCUGAAAUUUCCAACUGAGAAGGAAGACUUGUUGUUACUUCGAUCCAUUAUGGAUGUAAACCUCCCAAAAUUCUUGUCACACGACAUUCCGCUCUUUCAAGGUAUUAUCAGUGAUCUGUUUCCUGGAGUUGAUCUACCCAAUCCAGAUUAUGAUGUUUUCUUGGAUGCGGCUCAGAGAGUAUGCAAAGCAGAGAAUCUUCAAGCUACUGAGUACUUCUUGCAGAAAUUGAUUCAAACUUGGGAAAUGAUGACUGUUCGUCAUGGAUUUAUGCUGGUAGGAGAGCCUUUUGCAGGCAAAACAAAGGUAUUGGAAGUGUUAGCAAAACUGUUGACACUUCUCUCAGAAGAAGGAACAUUUGAAGAAGCAACAAAUGUGAAGUAUCGAGUCAUUAACCCUAAGUCAAUUACUAUGGGCCAACUGUUUGGUCAAUUUGAUCCUGUGUCUCAUGAGUGGACAGAUGGAGUUGUUGCCAACACUUUUAGGGAAUAUGCUGGUUAUGCAGACAAUGACAGAAAGUGGGUGGUUUUUGAUGGUCCAGUCGACACAUUAUGGAUUGAAUCAAUGAACACAGUGUUGGAUGACAACAAAAAGUUAUGUCUGAUGAGUGGUGAAAUUAUUCAGAUGUCUGCUAGUAUGUCUCUUAUUUUUGAGACAAUGGAUCUUAGCCAAGCUUCGCCUGCUACUGUUAGCAGAUGUGGCAUGAUCUACACUGAACCGUCUUCAAUGGGAUGGCGUCCAAUACUAAAGUCUUGGUUUGUUAGCCUUCCAGAGAGUUUGACAGGUGAACAUGGUGCUUUGAUCGAUGCCCUAUUUAAUUGGCUAGUUGAUCCUCUGCUAUUGUUUGUUCAAAAACAUCUUCGGGAACUUGUGCCGACAUCAAACAGCAAUUUAGUGAGCUCUCUGAUGAAAUUAUUUCAGAUCAUGAUGAAAGAGGAUGAGGACAAUCCAUUGGAUCAAAAAUAUAUGAAAGUUUGGAUCACAUCUUGCUUCCAGUUCUCUCUGGUUUGGUCACUUGGAAGCAGUUGUGACAGUGACAGUCGUCAUAAGUUUGAUUCCUUUUUUCGUGAAUUAGUUAGUGGAAAGAUGGAUAAACAUCUAGUGCCUUCGUCCAUUGGAAAGAUGGACAUUCCUAUUCCAGAUACAGGCUUAGUGUAUGACUACAUGUUUGAAAGGAAAGCUCGUGGGAGGUGGGUGCCUUGGUUGGAUACUGUUCGUGAUCAGACUUUAGACAGAUACCAAUCAGAGACUGAAAUUAUUGUUCCAACCUUGGAUACUGCAAGAUAUACAUAUCUCAUGAACUUGAUGAUUCACAAUGAGCAGUCUCUCUUGUUUGUGGGUCCUACUGGUACAGGGAAGUCUGUGUAUGUGAAGGACUUUCUAAUGCAUGGGCUGCCAAAAGAUACCUUUAUUCCUCUUGUUAUAAAUUUCUCAGCCCAGACAACAGCUGGUCAGACUCAAGACCUCAUCAUGUCUAAACUAGAUAAAAGACGGAAGGGGGUGUUUGGUCCACCAAGGGGAAAGAGGUGUGUAAUCUUUGUGGAUGACAUGAAUAUGCCAGCACUUGAGAAAUAUGGUGCACAACCACCUAUUGAGCUUCUUCGUCAAUGGAUGGAUCACAAGAUGUGGUAUGACAAGGACACGUCAAAGUUGGUUCUAGAGGACAUUCAGUUUGUCGGUGCUAUGGGCCCACCUGGUGGCAGCAGAAAUCCUGUUACACCACGUUUUCUGCGACAUUUUAAUCUUGUUACGAUGACUACUGUUAACGAUGAAACAAUGGAAAGAAUCUUUUCUAGCAUCAUGUCCUUCUGGUUGCGACGAGCCAAGUUUACAUCAGAGUACUUUACUGUUGGAAAUCAAGUUGUUUCUGCCACCAUGGAGGUGUACAAGUCUGCUGUUUGUCACCUUUUACCAACUCCAGCCAAAUCUCACUAUACAUUUAAUCUACGAGACUUUGCUCGUGUUAUCCAAGGUGUCAUGCUAGCUCAUCCAUCAUGUGUUGAGAGCAAGCGUACAUUUAUACGACUUUGGUCUCAUGAGGUUUAUCGUGUUUUCUAUGAUCGGCUCAUAGAUGGUGCAGAUCGGAGCUGGCUAUAUAAUCUGGUUACAUCACUAGUGAAGUCAGUAUUCAAGGAUAGUUUCAAAGAUGUGUUUUCUCAUCUUGCUUCAAGUGGUGGAAAACCAUCAGAAGAUGACAUGAGAAGUUUACUAUUUGGAGAUUUUAUGAAGCCAGAUGCGAGUGAAAAGUUCUACGAAGAAGUAGCAUCACUUAAUGACAUGUACUCUGUUGUCGAGACAUGUCUAGGAGAGUACAACAACAUGCACAAAACAAAGAUGAACUUAGUCAUCUUUCGCUAUGUCUUGGAGCACCUGUCUCGAAUCAGUCGUGUUCUCAAACAGUCAGGAGGAAAUGCACUGUUGGUGGGUGUUGGAGGUAGUGGACGUCAGUCUCUUACACGUUUGGCUACACACAUAGCUGAUUUCCAAGUUUUCCAGCCAGAGAUUACAAAGAGUUAUGGUAUGCCAGAAUGGAAAGAAGAUUUGAAGAGGCUGUUGCUGAGUGCAGGAAAAGAUGGCAAAACAACUGUCUUUUUGCUGACUGAUACACAAAUAAAGCAAGAAGCUUUUCUAGAAGAUGUAGACAACCUUCUUAACACAGGAGAGGUUCCCAAUUUGUUUCAACCUGAUGAGAAGAAUGAGAUCAUUGAGGCUGUGCGGCCACUAGCUCAAGCUCAAGACAAGAAUGCUGAUUUCACUCCCUUGUCUCUCUUUAGUUUCUUCAUAAAACGCUGUCGAGAUAACCUUCACAUUAUUUUAGCCAUGAGUCCUAUUGGAGAUGCAUUUAGGAAUCGUUUACGUCAGUUUCCUUCUCUUAUUAACUGCUGUACAAUUGACUGGUUUCAAGCAUGGCCAGAAGAUGCAUUGGUUCUUGUAGCAAACAAAUUUCUUGAGUCUGUUGAGAUGCAGGAACGUGAAAGGACAUCUGUUGUAACUCUUUGUCAAUUGUUUCAUCAAUCAGUACGUCAGCUGUCUGAGAAGUUCUUGUCUGAGCUUGGACGUCAUAACUAUGUAACUCCUACAUCUUAUCUUGAGCUAAUUUCUUCUUUCAAGUCAUUAUUAGCUCAUAAACAAGGCAAUGUACUUCGGCUGAAGGGACGGUAUGAAGUUGGUCUUGAAAAACUGGCUUUUGCUUCAUCUCAGGUGGCUACUAUGCAAAAAGAGUUGGAAGAGCUACAGCCACAACUUCAGAUUGCUGCUCAGGAAAAUGAUCGUCUUAUGAAAGUUAUACAGAAAGAAUCAGCUGAAGUAGAGGAAAAAAGCAAGUUUGUAAGGAAAGACGAAGCUCUUGCAUCUGAAAAAGCAGCAGGAGCUAAAGCCCUGAAAGAUGAGUGUGAAUCAGAUUUGGCAGAAGCUAUUCCUGCUUUGGAAGCUGCACUGGCUGCAUUAAAUACACUUAAGCCGGCUGACAUUACUGUUGUAAAGUCAAUGCAAAAUCCACCAAGUGGAGUGAAGCUGGUUAUGUCUGCUGUGUGUGUGAUGAAAGAUAUCAAGCCCGAAAAAAUUAAUGAUCCUGCUGGCACUGGCAAGAAGAUAUUAGACUACUGGAUACCAUCCAAACGGCUGUUAGGUGACAUGACAUUUCUUAAUGGAUUAAGGGAGUAUGACAAAGAUAAUAUACCUGCUCACACAAUGAAGAAAAUUCGUGAGGAAUACAUGACCAAUCCUGAAUUUGAUCCUGUAAAGGUUAGAAAUGCAUCAUCUGCUGCUGAAGGUUUAUGCAAAUGGGUGAAAGCGAUGGAAGUGUAUGAUCGAGUGGCAAAAGUUGUGGCACCAAAGAAGGAAACACUCCGUGAAGCAGAACAAAGUCUUGCAGAGACUAUGAGAGUGUUGAAUGAGAAACGAGCAGAGCUCAAGGAAGUUGAGGAUCGUCUGGCAAGUUUGCAAGCUCAGUUUAAGGAAGCAACAGAAAAGAAAGAGAAGCUAGAGUUCCAAGUUGACAUUUGUUCUAAGAAGCUGGAAAGAGCCGAGAAGUUGAUUGGAGGUCUGGGUGGUGAAAGGGAACGUUGGUCUAAUGCAGCCAGUACACUUCAACACACGUAUGACAAUCUGACUGGUGAUAUUCUUGUCUCCAGUGGAGUUAUUGCAUACCUGGGGGCAUUCACAGCUGCGUUUAGGAAUGAGUGCAUCAAGAAAUGGGUACACGAGUGCAAGGCUCUGAAGAUCCCAUGUAGUGGAGACUUUAGCCUAAGCAAAACUCUUGGAGAGCCAGUGAAAAUCCGUGAGUGGAUCAUAGCUGGUUUGCCAACUGAUUCAUUUUCAGUGGAUAAUGCGGUGAUUGUUUUCAAUACACGCAGAUGGCCUCUAAUGAUUGAUCCUCAGGGCCAAGCCAACAAGUGGGUGAAGAACAGUGAAAAGCAUAACAACCUUCAUGUUAUCAAACUAACAGACUCGGAUUACAUGAGGACUUUAGAGAACUGCAUACAGUUUGGCACACCUGUCUUACUGGAGAAUGUAGGGGAGGAGUUGGAUCCCAGUCUGGAACCUCUGUUGCUCAAACAGACAUUCAAGCAAGGUGGUGUGAUGUGCAUCAAACUUGGAGAUGCUGUGAUUGAGUUUUCAUCUGAUUUCCAUUUCUAUAUCACAACAAAGCUGCGUAAUCCUCACUAUCUUCCAGAACUAGCUACAAAAGUGACUUUAUUGAAUUUUAUGAUUACGCCAGAAGGACUAGAGGACCAACUUUUGGGUAUUGUGGUAGCCAAGGAGAGGCCAGAACUUGAAGAAGAAAGAAAUGGUUUGAUAAUUCAGUCAGCAGCAAAUAAGAAGCAACUCAAGGAAAUAGAAGACAAAAUUUUGGAAACUUUGUCUUCUUCUGAAGGAAACAUUCUGGAGGAUGAGACAGCAAUUCAAAUUCUGGAUUCAUCUAAAGUUCUAGCCAAUGAAAUCCAGAAAAAGCAAAAAGUAGCAGAAGAAACAGAACGCAAAAUAGAGCAAAGUCGUGCAGGUUACCAACCUGUUGCUAUCCAUGGUUCCAUUCUCUUUUUCUCAAUAACUGACUUGCCGAACAUUGAUCCUAUGUACCAAUACUCUCUCACAUGGUUUAUCAACCUCUACCAGGUUUCAAUUGCAGACAGCAACAGAUCAAAGAUUUUGGAGAAACGUCUCCAUUAUUUGUCUGAUCACUUUACCUAUAACUUGUAUUGCAAUGUCUGCCGCUCACUAUUUGAGAAAGAUAAGCUGCUAUUUUCCUUUGUUCUUUGUGCAAACCUUUUGAAGGCAAACAACCAGUUGCAGCAGGAUGAGUUUAUGUUUUGUCUAACAGGAGGAGUUGGUCUAGAAAACAAACUUGAAAAUCCUGAUUCAUCAUGGUUGUCAGAGAAGUCAUGGGAUGAAAUUUGUCGUAUGUGUGAUCUACCUGCUUUCAAGGGUUUUCGAGAGCACUUUGUAAACUAUGUUGCUGAUUGGAGACAGAUUUAUGACAGUCGUGAACCAAACAAGGUAGAUUUCCCAUCACCAUGGGACAAGAAACUAACUGAUUUUCAGAAAAUGAUAGUCAUUCGCUGUAUACGUCCAGAUAAGAUUCUUCCAAUGGUGACUCAGUUUGUUGAGGAGAAACUGGGACGACAGUUUGUAGAGCCACCACCAUUUGAUUUGGCUAAGAGCUAUGGAGAUUCUCAUGCUUGUGCUCCACUAAUUUUCAUCUUGUCACCAGGAGCAGAUCCCAUGGCAGGUCUACUGAAAUUUGCUGAAGACAAGGGAUUUUCUGGCGAGAAGUUCAACGCAAUCUCUCUAGGUCAAGGACAGGGUCCUAUUGCCACUGAAAUGAUUAACAAAGCUGUAACAGAUGGGACAUGGGUUGUUCUUCAAAACUGUCACCUUGCUGUGUCAUGGAUGCCAACUAUGGAAAAAAUUUGUGAGGAGUUUGUGGCAGAGAAAGUUCAUUCUGAUUUUCGAUUGUGGCUUACUAGCUACCCAUCAGACAAGUUUCCGGUUGCUGUACUGCAGAAUGGUGUGAAGAUGACAAAUGAACCACCAACAGGCCUUCGGCAAAAUCUUUACCAAUCAUAUGUGACUGAUCCUAUUUCUGACACUGAAUUCUUUAAUGGAUGUCCUGGAAAAGAGCAGGUAUGGGAGAAACUGCUGUUUGGCUUGUGCUUUUUUCAUGCACUGGUGCAAGAACGUCGGAAGUUUGGACCACUGGGAUGGAAUAUACCAUAUGGAUUCAAUGAAAGUGAUGCCAGAAUAUCAAUUCGACAGUUGCAAAUGUUUGUCAAUGAAUAUGAUGAUGUCCCAUUUGACGCUCUUAUGUACAUGACUGGACAGUGUAACUAUGGAGGAAGAGUCACUGAUGACUGGGAUCGGCGUUGUCUAGUCAAUAUUUUAUCUACGUUCUACACACCUGAAGUUUUGUCUGAACCAAAGUACAAAUUCAGCAGCAGUGGGCUUUAUUACUGUCCUCCCAGAAGCUCAUAUGAUGACUACGUUGAGUUUAUCAAGAACCUGCCUGUGACACAGUCACCUGAGGUUUUUGGAAUGCAUGAUAAUGUGGAUAUAAGUAAAGAACUGCUGGAGACAAGGGAGUUGUUUGAGUCAGUGUUGCUUACACAAUCUCAAAAGGGCAAAGGAGGUUCUGGUAAAAGUGCUGAGGAAGCACUUAUGGAGAUUGCAGCUGAUGUUCUCAGCAAGCUGCCAGCUAACUUUGAUCUCGAGAUAGCACAGAGUCGAUACCCUGUGAAAUAUACAGAAUCAAUGAACACUGUGCUUGUGCAAGAGAUGGAACGAUUCAACAAGUUGCUGGAUGCUAUCAGAGGCAGUCUAAAGAAUUUGCAGAAUGCAAUCAAGGGUCUUAUUGUAAUGAAUGAGACUUUGGAGUCUGUGGCAAACAGCCUUCUUGUUGGAAAGGUGCCUGACUUGUGGGCUAAGAAAUCCUAUCCAAGCCUCAAACCUCUUGGCAGCUACAUCACCGAUUUUCUUGCUCGUCUAUUAUUCUUGCAGAAUUGGUUUGAAAAAGGGAAACCUACUGUUUUUUGGAUAUCCGGAUUCUAUUUUACUCAGGCUUUCUUGACUGGUGCAUUACAGAACUUUGCUAGACGUUACACAAUUCCUAUAGACAAACUAGGCUUUGAAUUUGAGGUGCUUUAUACUGAUACUUGUGAUUCACCUCCUGAUGAUGGAGUAUACGUCCAUGGUCUUUUUCUUGAUGGCUGUCGUUGGGAUCGUGACAAGGGAGUUCUAGCUGAAUCACAUCCCAAAGUUCUAUAUGACGCUGUACCAGUCAUAUGGUUACAACCUGCUCGAAAGUCUGAUAUGAAACACGUGGAGGCGUAUGACUGUCCUGUCUAUAAGACUAGUGCAAGAAGAGGAACUCUACUAACAACAGGCCACUCGACCAACUAUGUCCUGCCCAUAAAACUGCUGACUGAUAAGCCUGUAAAGCACUGGAUACUGAGAGGUGUAGCACUACUGUGCCAAUUGGAUGAUUGAAAUAGAAGAACUGCUGGAUGUAUUGUAGCAAUAAUACAAGUAUGGCCUUAUCACAAUGUAUUGAUGUAUUUUAAUACACUACACUAGAUACUAACAGAA